AUGUCGGAGACGAGGAUUCUAGAGAUUAACUUGAUCUCUGCGCAAGGUCUAAAGAUUCCCCCUUCUACUAAACGCAAGACGCACACCUACGCAAUCGCAUGGGUCGAUCCCACAGUCAAGCUCCGGAGUAGCCUUGAUCCCGUCGGAGGCGAUAACCCUACCUGGAACGAGAAGUUCAUCUUCCGAGUCACGCCGGAUUUCAUCUAUGGAGACACAUCCGCUGUUCAAUUCGAAAUCUACGCUUGUGGAUACAUCAGAAACUAUCUCAUCGGCCACGUACGUUACCUCUUAAGUAGUAGUUCCCUCACAUCCUCCAAAACCGGUGCAAUGAUCGGAACUCCGGCAUUCUCCGCCGUCCACAUCCGCCGUCCAUCCGGGAGAGUCCACGGUGUACUCAACAUCGCUGCGACAGUUUACGAGGGUUCAGAUUUUGCAGCGUUUAACGGGAUGUCCGCCGUGUGUUUUCGUGAUCUGAUUGGAGAAAAGGAAAAUGAUGAUAAACGCCGCCGUGAACGGAGGCUCUCAUGGCAUCCCAGCCGCGACGGAUCGAAGAGAAGCCAGCGAUCAUCUGGAGCAGAGUCUUGCGAUUCUCCAUCGGUUGAAUUCUCCGACGGAAACGAUUCCACGACGUCGUCUUCCUCUUCCUCCCUGACUACGGCGGCGUUCAAGGACUUGAACGGCGUGAGAUCAACCGUUCAAGUGGCGGGAAAGAAGAAUUUGAAAUCCGACGGUGGGGGUUUGUUGUGUGGGUUAAUGUUACAGAGGAGAUUUAGUUACUGUCCGUCGGAUCAAAAUCUUUUGACAUUAACUGGAUUUCGUGAUCGGAAGAUCUAG